AUGAUUAAGAUUACUCACGUUAUAUUUGACGUCGAUGGUCUUAUUUUGGAUACAGAAUCCAUAUACACUGAGUUCACAUCAAAUUUUCUUAGUGAAUAUAAUUUACAGUUCGACUACAACAUAAAAAAACUAAUGAUGGGAAGAAAACCUCAUGAAGCCGGUGAAAUACUUGUAAAGCACUAUAAUUUGCCACUAAGUGCUAGUGAAUUUAUCCAAAGGCAGUCAAAAUACAUUACUCCAGAAAGAUGGGAAAGUGUUCAGUGUUUACCAGGUGCAGAGAAACUUAUUUUGCAUCUUGCUUCUCAUAAUAUUCCUAUGGCCCUAGCUACUGGUUGUUGCAGUUAUGAACUUGAUCAGAAAAUGAGAAGUCAUCAAGUUAUAAUGACCAAAGUAUCUCAUUCUGUUUGCUCUGGUGACGAUCCUACUGUUAAGCAUGGUAAACCUAUGCCGGAUAUAUUUCUAACUACCGCUAGCAGAUUUAAAAUUCCUCCAGAUUCCUCUGAUAACGUCUUAGUGUUUGAAGACUCUCCAAAUGGUGUAGAAGCCGCUCUAUCAGCUGGGAUGCACGUUGUAUGGAUUCCUGAUCCACGAGAACCACCUGGAAAUUUUCCGAAAUCAACUUCAUCCAUUGACAUAUCACGUGUCACUAGAUUAAAUUGUCUGUCUGAUUUUAAACCUGAACAGUUUGGUCUUCCAAGGUUCGAAAACGACUCUUGA